GAUCAUUAUGUGUGCAGUGUUCAGCAGGCAAUCCUCUGACAUCUGCAGUCUCUGACCGUCUCCUGUAGUACGUCUGCAGUCUCUGAAUGUCUCCUGUAGUAUGUCCACAGUCUCCGGUUAUCUCCUGUACUGUGUCUGCAGUCUCUGGUCAUCUACUGUACGAUGUCCGCAGUCUCUGCUCAUCCCUGUACUGUGAUCGCAGUCUCUGACCAUCUCCUGUACUAUGUCCGCAGUCUCUGGUCAUCCCCUGUACUAUGUUCGCAGUCUCUGACCAUCUCCUGUAGUAUGUCCGCAGUCUCUGGUCAUCCCCUGUAGUAUGUCCCGCAGUCUCUGGUCAUCCCCUGUCUGCAGUCUCUGGUCAUCUCCUGUACUAUUUCCACAGUCUCUGGUCAUCUCCUGUACUAUGUCCGCAGUCUCUGGUCAUCUCCUGUACUAUGUCCGCAGUCUCUGGUCAUCUCCUGUACUAUGUCUCGCAGUCUCUGGUCAUCUCCUGUACUGUGGUCUGCAGUCUCUGAUCAUCUCCUGUACUAUCUGCCUCUGGUCAUCUCCUGUACUAUUUCCGCAGUCUCUGGUCAUCUCC